AUGUCCGCCAACCGCACGGACCAUCCGCGCAAGCGGGUAUCGUUUUGCUUGCCGGGCGAGGCCCCAGAGCCGCUAUCUUCUUCUACGCCAACUCCGCGUGUCUUGUCAAAUUCAUACACUGGAUUGCAAACUCCGCCGUCAACUGUAACUUCAAACGCGCGCUUCCAGACUCCAGGCCCCAUCACGCCAACUCCAAACCGUGGCUUGCAAAUUCCAAAUACAUCCUCUCAGACUCCAAACACCGUCACACCAACUACAAACUCAUGCUUGCAAAACCCGAGCGAUUCCUCAUCGACUCAGAAGACUGACUCGUCCAAUCCGACUCGCAAUCCCUCGCGCCAGCCUAGCUCCCAACAUCUUGUUUCCCAGCUCUUGCCUAACUGGGAUUUCGAUGAGCAAAACACAGCAUUAAUCCGUGCCGGAUACGAACCUCAGUGGACUCCCAAGCCACUCGAUACAAGAACUACCCCAACCACAAAGGGCAAGAAAGGCUCUGCAACCAAGUCCGCCAUGGCUGAACCACGUGCACGUAUGGCCCGACACAAGGGUCAAAUGAACUUCCAGAAUGAGCUCCGCCUACUACUUCUCGCUUAUGGCGACCCCAGCCCACACCCAAGUUUCCCAAACGAACCACUCCCUGAGACAGUCCGUGUGUUGGACGAAAUUGUCACCGACUUCGUGCUGGAACUCAGCCACGGUGCCGCGCAAGUUGCGCAUCACGCCCGCCGACAGAAGAUCAAAGUUGAAGACUUCCGCUUCGCACUACGUCGCGACCCGAACAAGCUUGGCCGUGUCCAGGAGCUGCUGCGCAUGGAACGUGAAUUGAAGGAAGCCCGCAAGGCAUUUGACCAAAAUGAUGAUCAGGUUGCUAAGGAGGCUGGAAAGAAGGGUGCAGCCGCUGCCGCUGCUGCCGCUGCUGCUGGUGAGGAUCCUGUUGCAGCUGAAGCCGCUGCGGCUGCUACGGUCAAGAAGAGCAAGGGCAAGGGCAAGAGAGGUGUCCGCCGUGCUUCCGAUGCUACUGAGGAGUCGGUUCCAAAGAAGCGCAAGACCAAUCUCUGA